UUUAAUUCCAGCACCCCGAGGACAAACCGACCCAACGCCAAACAGCAAGCUCUUGAAACCCGCCAAUCUCCCGCGCUAGGCCAGGCGGACACAAAGCCUCCCGGGGCGGAGGCGGGGUUCGCGACGACGUCAUCACGGAUCCGCCCCUUGACGUCAGGCGCCGGGGACACCAGGAGGUUUCUGGCGGCACGGGCGCCAUUUUGCCUGAACGUGCGAGCUGGUGGGAGUGGAACGCACUGGCCGUUGUAGCCGUCGCCUUCUUCCUCCCCACAGUCCGAACAGCGCGGUGACUAGGCCGUCGGCCCUCGAGCCGAGACAUAUCUCUUAUUUAGUUCUCGGGAGCGCCUGGCCGACAUGAGUGAUGUAGAGGAGAACAACUUCGAGGGCAGAGAGUCUCGCUCUCAGUCAAAAUCUCCAACGGGAACUCCUGCUCGUGUAAAAUCAGAGAGCAGGUCAGGAUCUCGUAGUCCAUCAAGGGUUUCCAAACAUUCUGAAUCCCAUUCUCGAUCAAGAUCAAAAUCCAGGUCAAGGUCAAGGAGGCAUUCGCAUAGACGCUACACUCGAUCCAGGUCACACUCUCAUAGGAGACGAUCUCGGAGUAGGUCCUAUACACCCGAGUAUAGGCGGCGGAGGAGCCGGAGUCACUCUCCAAUGUCUAAUCGCAGAAGGCAUACUGGCAGCAGGGCUAUGGAGAGAGCAAAUGGGAUGGAGCUGGACGGUAGAAGAAUCCGUGUGGAUUAUUCUAUCACCAAGAGAGCGCACACACCCACACCAGGCAUUUACAUGGGCAGACCAACUCAUAGCGGUGGUGGAGGUGGCGGAGGAGGAGGUGGUGGCGGCGGAGGUGGUGGAGGUGGCAGACGACGAGAUUCUUACUACGAUAGAGGAUAUGAUCGAGGCUAUGACAGAUACGAAGAUUAUGAUUACCGGUACAGAAGAAGGUCGCCCUCUCCUUACUACAGUCGCUACAGGUCACGAUCAAGAUCCCGUUCCUAUAGUCCAAGACGCUAUUGAUACUGGAGUGAUUGUGCCCAAGGACUUUGCUUUUUCUCUUCUUUUUGAUUUUGGAUUCCCAAGCUUCCAUGCUUCCUAGUCCUUUAAAAAACAAAACAACCUGGUUUAUUUAAUCUCUGCGUGACCAGUUGUGUUGCUGUUUCCACCCUUUGUUAUACUCUAAAGGUGUAAUUGUCUUUUCAGUAGUGAACAUCCUGAGUGAAAGGGAGCCCCGGGUUAUGCUUUGUGGUUCUUUUGCCUUUACAGAGGAUUAACUUCUUAUUUGAGGACAGAAACCAUCUUUUGAAAACUUUUUCUGAUGGAUAUUGUGGUAGACAUUAGAAAUCUGUGGUAUGAUAAACUGCUUUUUAAUCUUCUUUAGGGAAGGUAAAUAACACUUUAAGUAGGUCAGUCAUGCCAGCUUUGUCUGGAGUGGCAUGGAGCAGUUGAAUAGUUGAGUGUAGAAUGUUUGAAGCUCUAGAAGAAAAUGUGGGACAUUUCUUUUGAAGAAUAUAACUUUGAACCUAAGAAUUAAGUCACCUUUUAGAAAUUAAAAGCUUGUAAUUCCUAUAAGACAUGUUGUAUUUGAAUUUACAUGUUAAACCUUAUAAACUUAAAGUGUGAUUUUUAUGUUAAAUUUACAGAAACUUAAGUAUUCCCUUAAUCACUGAAGGACAACCUUUAUUUAUUAACUAGAACAAUUGUAUAACUUGCUGUUAGAAAUUUUGGUAUUGGGACAUUGGUUACAUGGGUUAUUGUAUAGGAUCCUAAAAUACAUGUGGGGAAGAGUAAUUUCAAAUAAAAGUUAAUUUGAAAAUGG